AAUAGAAUUGAAGGACAGGGGACAUGAAAUCAGACCAUUGAUAAUUAUUGUAACGGAAACCAAAACCAUGAAAAAUAGUCCAAAAAAUCUUACCUACAUGAUAAAUUUUAUAGAAUAAUUCUGCCGAAUAAAAUAAAUUGUAAUAUUUACGACAUAAAUGUAAAUUAUAUAAAAUGAAGUUUUAAAACAGGAUGUGUACGCAAUGGCUGUGAUGCAACGAGACGAUAAGUUGUACCCUGCAUGUGUGUAAACCGUAGAAGUGGUAUUGUAACUAUAUUUGGCAUUGUCCAGUGUAAGGUACAGCUAACGAAAACCGUGCAUCUUUCCUUCCCGUAUGGCUGCAUUUGUUAAUCGUACAAUAUCCAUGAUGGCUGGUGAUGGGCCCCACAAUGUCGUCAUGAACAAUGGGACUGUGCGUGUCAACAUGUCCAACGUGGACUCACCGCUGCAGAUAUUUGUGAGGGCCAAGAAGAAGAUCAAUGACAUAUUUGUUGAGAUUGACGAUUAUGUUAAAGAUGCCGUUAUUUUUAUGCACGCUGUAUCAGGAGAUAAUGGUAUUGCAACACCUCAGGAUGUUACCAAUGUGGAGUCAUAUGUAUGUAAAGUGCAGGCUAUUAGGGAGGUUCUCAAACGAGAUCACAUGAAAGUUGCAUUCUUCGGCAGAACAAGCAAUGGAAAGAGCACAGUGAUUAAUGCGAUGUUGCACGACAAGAUCCUACCCAGUGGUAUCGGCCAUACCACCAAUUGCUUCCUGCAGGUGGAAGGCUCAGACACGGACGAGGCCUUCAUGAGGACUGAGGGCUCCGAGGAGAAAUUGAACGUUCAGUCAGUGAGUCAGCUGGGGCAUGCUCUGUGUGCUUCCCGUCUCCAGGAGUGUUCGCUGGUUCACGUCCAUUGGCCUCGUGAGCUGUGCGCCCUGCUGAGGGAUGACGUUGUUCUCGUGGACUCGCCCGGAGUGGAUGUCACUCCCAACUUGGAUGAGUGGAUCGACAAGUACUGUCUUGAUGCUGAUGUCUUCGUGCUGGUCGCUAACGCUGAGUCCACACUGAUGGUCACUGAGAAGAAUUUCUUCCACAAAGUGUCUACGAAAAUAUCGCAACCUAAUAUUUUCAUAUUAAACAAUCGAUGGGACGCCUCGGCCUCGGAGCCGGAAUAUUUGGAACAGGUCCGCAGUCAGCACGCAACCCGUUGCGUGGACUUCCUGUCUCGCGAGCUACGUGUGUGCUCCCCCAAGGAGGCUGAGGAACGUAUCUUCUUCAUCUCAGCCAAGGAGGCGCUCCUCACACGGAUGAGGGAAAGGGAGAAGCCCGUGUCCUCUCCUAUCCUGGCGGAGGGUCACCAGGUCCGCUACUUCGAGUUCGUGGACUUCGAACGCAAAUUCGAGGAAUGCAUUAGUCAGUCGGCCGUCCGCACAAAAUUCGCCCAGCACAGCAGGCGAGGGAAAAACAUUGCCGGUGACGUCAUGGCACAACUAGAACAGGUCUAUGGCACCGCUACGGCCCAAAAGGCGGCCAAAGUUGAGAAGCAGCGUAUACUCCAGGAACAGUUGUCCUCGGUCGAGGAGCAGCUCACGGCCAUCACCAGGCAGAUGAAGGAGAAGAUUGGACGCAUGGUGGAGAGUGUUGAACAUAAGGUUUCACUGACCCUGAGCCAGGAGAUCCGUCGUCUGUCGGCGCUGGUGGACGAGUACGAAGCGCCGUUCCGGACGGAGCGCUCCGCCCUGGAGCAGUACAAGCGCUCUCUCCACAGACACGUGGAGGCCGGCCUUGGCUCCCGACUCAAGAAGCGACUGUCCGCAGACAUCGGCCACGAGAUGGACACCGCGCAGAAAGAUAUGGCGGAGCGCAUGUACAGCAUCCUGCCGGCCCACAAGCGCGCGGCGGCCGCGUCGUGUAUAAUCCCUCACCAGCAGCCCUUCGAGGUCCUGUACCGUCUGAACUGCGACAACCUGUGCGCCGACUUCAACGAGGACCUCACGUUCCGCUUCUCGUACGGCAUCACUGCCCUCAUCCAGAGGUUCCAGGGCAGGAACACUAACAAGAUCGCCCUGAAGAAUCCGCCCAUGCACACGCAGAUCCCGCCGACUGUGGGUCCUCCCGCGCCGUCUAUGGAGGUGUCUCGUGUGAGCAACGGCGGUUCCAUGGGCCCUCUGUCGGCCGAGGAGUGGGGCAUGGUGUCGAAGUUCGCCCUCGGAGCUCUCACGUCACAGGGGACUAUGGGCGGGUUGCUGUUGUCCGGACUUCUGUUAAAGACGGUCGGUUGGCGCGUGGUGGCGUUGACGGGGGUGAUCUACGGCGCCCUGUACGCCUACGAGCGUCUCACCUGGACCACCUCCGCCCAGCAGCGGCUGUUCAAGAGGCAGUACGUCUCGCACGCCACGCGCAAGCUCAGGCUCAUAGUGGACCUCACCUCCGCCAACUGCUCGCAUCAAGUCCAGCAGGAGCUAUCGACGAUGUUCGCGCGCCUGUGCCGGCUGGUGGACGAGGCGACCACCGAAAUGGACGAGGAGCUGAAGGAGGUGAAGGAGGCCAUCAAGAUGUUAGAAGACGCCUCCACCUCCGCCAAGAAGCUGAGGAACAAGGCCAACUACCUGUCGCACGAGCUCGACCUGUUCGAAGACGCCUUCCUCAAACAUUAACCCGGGCACGACGUGUCCACGUUUGUCGCGGGAUGGUUUUCGCACGGCGGCAGCUGACUGCCGCGAGGUGUGCAGUCCCGAGGCGUCGCUUGCGGCACAUGUGAUACGUUCUAAUAGCCACUGUACAUAGACAUUAUAAUAUAUAGUUCUACAUAACUGAGUCACUAGCGACAUCUGUCGGCGAGCGGCAGUAGCCAUAACUUACCGGUAGGUUUGUUGUGAGCGCGGGCGGGGACUGCACCGUGUGGAUGUUUUAUUUAUUUGUGUUAUGUGUUAUAUCCUUGUUAUGAGCGUGUAUCCCGCGGCUGUGAGAGCUGUAUGAGCGGCGCCGUCCGAUGGUAUGAUCGUAUGAGAGCCGAGAUAAAUCGGACUUUAACUACCCUGGCGACCUCUAUCCGCUCGCUAAGUAUCGUUUAUAAGAUUUGCUCCCGGAAAUGUGGGAACGACGUGUAAUGUAUUGUGAGACGUUGUUAUCUUGGUUCUGUUACGUUGUAUUGUUUCGUUACUGACAGGACUCCUGGUGCGCUGAACGCAUAUUACGAAUAUGUAUUUCCAGCUGCCCCUACUAACGGCCGUCUCUAUGAUGACACCGCAACCGUCACAGUCGAGUUCUCGUAGUAGACGUUACGUGCUAGGAGACUCGCUGCCCACAGUAUGAGCGUGUACGGAAUCCCUAUUUGUAUAUUUAUUCUUGUAUAGUGUAUUUGUAAAUUAGUUUAGUCGUUGUUUCAUUUGUUUAUCGGCUUUUAAAGUUUAUUAUGCCGGCGGGAGUUGUGGCCGGCGAUGGCGGCUGUAGUCAGAUGUCUAUAUAUGUAUGUGGAGAUUUUAUGAAAUGUACUAAGUAAUGAACCGUGCUGCGAUCCGUUCCAGCUGCAGCUGGGACUCCGCGGCCGCUGCGGAUGCGGUCCCGGUGAAUAUAUUUUAGUUGUCUGUCCGCCGCUGAUGGCGCUCCCGGCGGCGUCCUGCACGGACAAAGAGCUCCACGUCCUCGCAAGGUUUGCGAGAGACGCCUCUGUUACUGAUAUUUAUAUUAAGUUUAUAGAACUCUCGGCCUCCAAAAUAGUUACCAACGAUAUGGACGGGUACUUGAUCUGUAAGCGCUGAUAUCAUUACCGUAUGAAAAAUUCAAAUUUCGUUAUUUUAAAAAUAACUCCAGCUGUAACAUAUUACCUCUCUAAAUUUGUCCAAAAUUAUUUUCAGGUCAAUGUACUGUCUGUGUUUAUUUAGGCCGUCAGUAGACAUUCAAGGUUCGCGUUGAUGUAAUUCGCCUAACAACUCGUGAAUAACUCGUGCUGUAGAAUAAUAAUCGUAUGUUGAAUGGAUAUUCGGAAUUAUGAUUAAAAAUCUUGUAUAAAUAAAAAAAAAAAACAUUUCUUUACGUUAUGUUUAAAUGUGACAUUGCAUGGUACUAAUACAUUGUUUAUAUUAUUUAAAUUGAAAAUAUCAUUUGCUUAUUGCGCCGGUCUGUGUGGAGCCGUAUCUCUUUGAGAUCCCCUAAUAUGAACUAUUAAGUUUUAAAUUUGUACCUAAAACGCGUUAUGGCAGAGAGUAGCGAGCAUUCCUCACAUGUACUCGCGCGAUGUCCGCUUCACCCGGACAGACAUUACAAGGCCGUACAAGUUUAUAUUCCGUUGUCAAAUGUAAUUAGUGACGCGUAAUUAGGUGAAUUUUCUUAUGGAAAUAAAUAAAGGUUCCCUUUAUA